CGCCCUCGGUGUCCACCUUUCUGCAUUAACUCUCUCUCUCUCUCUCUCUCUCUCUCUCUCUCUCUCUCUCUCAUUACAAAACCUGGACUUCGCUCAAAAGCCCUAUUGAAAGUUUUCGCUGUCUUCAAUCCAAUCUUACUCAUUCAUCCAUUGUCGUCGUAACCUUCGCUCAGAUCGUCAAAAUUGGAAGUGAAGUUCGGAAAUUCUUAACUUUUCAUUAGUUAAUCAAAGCGAAGAUCUCAACUGCGAUACACAUACAGAUCCACACAUAAACGAAGAGAUAUAUACGAAUGAGCUGAGAAAUUGUGAAGAAGUAAAGAUGGUGAAGCUGACAAUGAUUGCUCGUGUAACCGAUGGGCUUCCACUAGCGGAGGGACUGGAUGAUGGGCGUGAUUUACAGGAUGCUGAAUUUUACAAACAGCAAGUCAAGGCUUUGUUCAAGAACCUUUCAAGAGGACAGAAUGAACCUUCAAGAAUGUCGGUUGAAACGGGGCCAUACAUUUUUCAUUAUAUUAUUGAGGGGCGUGUUUGCUAUUUGACCAUGUGCGAUCGUGCGUAUCCAAAGAAACUUGCCUUUCAGUACUUGGAAGACCUUAAAAAUGAGUUUGAGCGUGUUAAUGGGAGUCAAAUUGAAACUGCUGCUAGACCUUAUGCUUUCAUAAAAUUCGAUACAUUCAUACAGAAGACAAAGAAACUGUACCAGGACACACGGACUCAGAGGAAUAUUUCAAAGCUGAAUGAUGAACUCUAUGAAGUUCACCAAAUUAUGACUCGCAAUGUACAGGAAGUUCUCGGUGUUGGUGAAAAGUUGGACCAGGUCAGUCAAAUGUCCAGCCGCUUGACAUCAGAGUCCCGCAUAUAUGCUGAUAAGGCAAAGGAUUUAAAUCGGCAGUCAGCUGGGGCAUAUUGGGACUGUCUAGAUGUUACAUGAGCCUUAUGGACAAUCCUUGUGAGGAUCAGCUGAUUCCUGCAUAUUAACAUGGUUUGAUUCACCAUAAAAAAUAUGAAGAUUAGUCUUCGUUGAUCAAGCAUUCCUCCAUGUGUUUUUUUUUAACAUCCUUCAAUGUGUAAUUGGCCUACUGAUUUCACAGUAUUUUUUUAUGCUUUGGAAUCUUGGACCUCAAUCUAAUACUAGCUUGUUUCCCGAAAGUCCAUGGCAAUCUUCAUCUCUCCACUUGAAACUUCUGAUGAAGAUCUACGGUACGACUUACGAGUAUAUCAGAUACAGGGUUACCUGAUAUAGAGGAUGUACAGAUGAUAUUGUUCUUACUUUAAAUAUGCAAUUGCAACUUGACCUCAGCAUAUCGUUAUUGGAGUUGGAGUGAGGUCAAUUGAAGUAGGCUACAUAUGUUCCCAUCUGUUUCGAAAUGACUGUUGUGAGCCUACUUUAGACAAGCCUAGUUCCCUACGCACUCCCACCCUCCCUCCUUUUUGUUUUUUUAUCUUCAUUAACAGUGCUAGUCUGCUUAUGAACUGAAUUUCGAAUCUUGUAUUUGGACGGACAUCUUACUAAUUCGCUCGUAUGAUUUGAUUUUCAUCCUCCACUGCAGGCUUUGAUCCGGAAGUGGGCCCCUGUAGCCAUUGUCCUCGGAGUUGUCAUCCUCCUCUUUUGGGUGCGGAAGAAAAUUUGGUGAUGUACUGAUAUACCAUCUGCUUGAAGUUUCCAAGCUCUAUUUUAGUUUCUCCAGAUUUGUACGUUGACCGAAGCUGCUUGUUGGGAACUUUUCCCACCAGAAACCUGAUGUUGAGUGCCUGGUCCUCUCGAACGUUUUUAAAAGACUCAUUUUUAUAGGCGACUUGCAAUUUUUGGUUUACAGUAUGAUUCAAGUUACACAGUACAGGCGUUGUGAGUACCUUAUAUGGAUGGGACAACAUGCCAUUUGGAGAUUUGAUAGAAAUGAAAUUGGUUUAGUAGCCAAAACAUGUAUGAGAAGUGGGCAUUUCUCACAACUGAGCUAGACAUAGAUUCUAUUCGGUGUUUGUGUGUUUCGCUCAUCGCAUACGAUAGACGCUUAAAUACUGCUGUAUGCCAUGUCACCUGUGGAAUCUCUUCAUUGUGUUUAGAAUUCAAAAGAACAAUAGCUUUGCAUA